UCCUCCAACAGCGUGUCGUGUGCCGUCGGUUUCAACAGGUUGUCCGGGGCGUGAGAAACUCAGGCCCGUUAGGCACUCCCCGUCUACCAGGUUGCACAUUCACAUUAAACUCGAGACAAGCGGAGUGAAGGCAGUGCCUAGCCUUGUUUUCAGCAUGUUUCUUGCACUUUGGGUCACUGCUGGCCUGCUAUGCUGCGCCUACACAUCGCCUGUCACGAAGACUGUGUCCCAAAAGGUGGAACUGAGUCCUAGUCUGCGCACGAAGAGGAACACGAGGAUCAUUGAAGAAUGUAUUUUGAUGGGCCUGGAGGAGGGAACUUACUACUACAAGAGCCGAGGGACAGGAGACGUGUGUGGGGUCUACCUCGUCAGCCAGCCAGACGAGGCUAUCCAGGUCUCGUUCGACUACUUAAACGUUGACUGCGACACUGACGGCCUUGUCAGCUUCGUGGAUGGUUGGGAGUUGGGUGGGGAGGUAUUUCCCAGCGAGAUGGAUGCGCCCCUGGAGGGCAGAUUUCACGAAUUCUGUGGGAAGCUCAAGAAGAAAGAGUUCAUGUCCACCGGGAACGCGGCACUCAUUCAGUAUCGCAUCCCGACGCGAGGAAAUGGCUUCAAAAUCACCGUCAAAUACACGAAGAACCCAUCACCCUGUAACAUCCUGGUAGACAACGUGAGUGGCGUCUACACUCUGCGGAACCACGGUCGUCGGUCCAACUGUUCCAUCACCGCCAUCUUUCCGGCAUCCGUGAGCCUUCUUCAGCUGGCAGUAGGCAUCAACGGCGCCAUCGUACCGAACAGGGCCGUUGAGACAGGAGUGCUUAGCAGGUGCCAGAAACGAGGCGCCCGAGACUACGUGCAGAUAGGAGGUGGACAUGGCUUGGACACCUCCAGCAUGGAAGUGGAAGAUUCCGUCUGUGGCCUAGAUUCAAAUCCUCGUAUUCCAACCUCUCAUAUCUUCUGUGGAAUGACGACAGUGCGCAUGGUCUCUUCUGGCCUAACUGACAACUCGAUCACUGUUGCCAUAACACAACUCUCUGAUUUGGAUAUAAUGCCGACUCUUAUGUGUGAACUGCCACUGUGAGCAGGAAACACGUUCCUUCUUUUCGAUGGCAUUCAAGAGGACGCCGUUUAGAUCUACCCAACCUUCACCGCCACUCCCUUAGCACAGUACUUCUAAGUCUGAGUUCCUUUGGUCACCCUGAGAGGCCUCGUUUCUCAAGUCUGUUGUCUUCAUUCAAGACGGAAUUGCACAAAGGAGAGGCUAAUCCUUCAUCUCGCAUCUCCUGUAAUGUCUUCUGUAUUUAGUCCAUGGAUUUCAAGCUUUUGCUUCAGAGGACGUUUUCGCUCAACUUUUGUCUCGCAGCGUUUCCUGCCACCAGACUUUUAACAAAUUUCAUAAAAGAUUGAACUGACAUGAGCAUGCGUUGAUGCGCAGAGUAAUUUAUGGAAUAUAACGUAUGGGCUGAGCAUUCUGUAAUAAACAAGAAAAAGGAUUUCCUCUCUCACUUUCUGACCUUAGCUGUCAUCACAUAACAAAGUUUUAUUGACGCACAAAAAAAAUGUUCAUCUUUAAACACCUUGCUAUGAUGACAUACAUUCUUUUUAAUCUUUUCAGUCUGUUCAGAUGGUGAGGGCAAUCCUCAAAAUCGCGAGGAUUGCCUCUCACUACUCCCUGAGAGUAUGCAGGUGAAAUAUCAGUACUGUUGAAUCAAUUGGAAACAUGAUCUUUAAACAAUUUUCUCAGAAUUACUGUGAAAUGUAGUAAAGCUAUUUUGAUCCCUUGUAAGCGAGGCCAGAAACACCAAAAGGCAUUUAGAAUGGAUAAUUAAUAUUAUAGCAAGUGGAUCGGCAGUGAAAUUGUUUUGCUCAGAUCAAGAUACACCGAUAAUCCCAGCAACUCGCGAUUAUCCUCGGGUCCCAUUCAAACAGUCAGAACCCACAGGCAUAAAGUGGGUGUUAUUUCAUUUAACCUUCUCCCACAUCAACUUGCAGUAAUAAGUACAUUUCAGUGUAGUUCUCAGAUAAAAAAAAAAUACAAAAUAUGAACUUUGAUCGAAAGCAAACAGAUGCGAAUGAUUAUUAUUAAAAUCGAAGAUACUGAAGUAUCUUUAAGGAUUCUCUCUCUCACUCUCUCUCACCUAACGCAUGAUUUGAUCCCGCUGCAUUCAAAAGUGAAUUCUGGAAAUUUGUUUCACAAAAGAUGAUUCCCAGUUAGGUUAUUGUUAUUACACUGAAACAAAGGGUAGGCAAUAUUACUGACAUAUUGAGUUGUCCAAUAAAUGGUAAUGCAUUUGGUAAAGGCAUUUUUUUUCUGACAUAAAAAGGUGAAAAAUAUUUUAUCCUUGCUCCUCAUUAAACUAACUUAAGUAGAUAACAUAUGGAAAUAUGAAGUAAAAAAAGAUGUUACCCCAUUGAUCAUAAAGUUACACCUCAUUUGCCCGAAAGACAAACCUAUUUUAUUUCACUUGAUACCAAUUCCUUUUAAUCUCGAAAACCUAAUUAUCUGAAGUGCUUAUAGCUUUGUCAAAAGAUCAAUUUUUGAAAUAAAAUAUGUUUAAAUUUUUAAAUAAAACAUUAAUGACUUGUUUAACUAUCAACAGGUAAUGUGUUUGGAAUUACAAUAGAACGACAUGCUUCAAUAUCACUUUCCUUAACCUGUCCUGAUUGUGAAAUGUGGCUUUCAAGGGAAAUGUCUAUAGGGAUUUGUCCAAAACCUCAGAAAGUUCUUUUUAUGUGAUUACGAGGUUAGGACAUGAGGCCAGGAAGUGGACUUCACUUUUAAUAUGAUAUUCCUCAAGGUUUUUCUUUUUUUAAAGAAAAUGUUUCAUCUUAUGACACCUUCAUCCUCCCUUCCUGCUAGUUUAUUUCCUUCUAAUCCUGUAUGAGCAGGGACCCAAGAAAAGUGAACCAAUAUUUGACAGCUGGAGAGAUGAAAGAGCUACUCUUAAGCUUUUUGAAUUAGCUGGAAUAGCUGAAUUUUUCCAUUGCUUCUAGGACAUUUCCUGAUUCACCAUAAAUAACAACAGAAUUAUAUUUCCCUGUCCAUAAUUUUAAAAAAAUGGUAGAGGAUUCUGGUAGUUUAGCAACAUAUGACUGGCAGUCAAAUACUACUGUACAAUCCUACUCUCCUUGUGAUUUUGAUCCACCAGUGUAAAUUUUCUUUUCAUUUCCAUUGUUAUCGUUAUCAUGGUCUAAUUCUUCAAGUGGCUGAUUGUUUUCCUGUAAACUUUCCCUCCAUCUGCUUAGUUCUGGAAAUAACCAAGGAGGAAUUGGAAGAUCGACACCAAUGAUUUUCUGAGUUUUUCUGUUAUCAUCAUCUGCAAGCUGUCUGAUUUGGAAAAGCCAGGGGAUCUUGCUCUAAACCUUCUUGAAUCCUAUUCUGUCAAGAUCGUAAAGGUUAAGAUUAUCUUAUGAGCUUUUCAACCGCACUAUGUAUCACAGCCCCAGGUCGUUGCUGCCUUCUUGAAUCUAAUGGUAACUCCCUUGAAUCUACGUAAAGUCUCUCAACAGGUGAAACCCUGGAGUCUCCGGUGCAGGCUCGCAGCCCCAUAUUGUGAACAGCAUCCAGUGCCUUUAGUUUUGAUUUUGAAACUGAAGACUGCACUUGGCAACCAUUGGAUCUACAUAUUGCACCGUAGAGUUCUAGUAGAGAUAUUUUGUCAGUACAUCAAAUAAAACUCGAUGUAACUUAA